AUGCCCUAUCGCCCAGCCCGCCCUGAGCAGUGGGACACUUCGCCCUUGCAAUGGACGCACGGCGACCAACGCAGGCAAUCUGUGCCUGCCGAUGCCCCUGUGAGCUGCAACAACGGCAUAGGCACAUCACAGACCAUGCGGAGGAAGCCGAUCGGCGGCGAAGUCGUACGCCCAGCACUGCCGCCAAGGCCGUACACUUCUUCACCACCGGUGAGGGAGACCAGCGCGCCAAGACCGAGGCCGAUGUCGUACGUGAAUCCUGAACCGACGACGUACCACAGUUAUGUGCCGCCGUCUCCUUCACUGUCACCACCCGUCCCGCGCGAGAGGCCUCGCUCUGUGUCUUGUGUGAGUCCCGAGUCAAUAUUCGCAAGCCCAGUCAGCUUCGCACCGCCCUCGCCGCCAAAUGACACACCCGCGAGACCUGUAUCGUGCGCGCCAUCGUCGCGGUGGUCAACGAUGCCUUCACCGCCGGCGGAACCUCCUGCGACCCUGGCCCCAAGAGCGCCGUCGCCGCGCUGGUCCCUCGCCCCGUCAGAGCUUGAUGCCGGCGAACCCUCGCCCGCGCCCGCGCCCGCGCCCGAAUCUCGUCUCGAGCGCGACGAGCUGGUAGACGACAUUGAUGAGCUUCUCUCCGAACUCGGAAUCUCCUCCUCAGGCUGGAACAGCUCCGACCCUUCCCUCGACUGCCUUGAUCACCGUCGCCCUUCCCUAAAAAUCACGCACUAUCCAGACGACUACGCCGAGUCUUCACCGCUCGUUGACGUCCACCCGCUGAGCCCACCCGCCGUGCCUCCGAAGCUGCCCCUCGUCCCGAUCAUGGAUGACGCGCCCGAGACGGACAUGACGGCAUGCCUCGCCGCGCCCAUAACCUACGCCUUCCCCGCGACGUGGUACAGCCAUCCGGACAUGCCGGGCGUGUGGGUCUGCGCCGGUUGUUUCACGCGCCACCUGGCCGGCACCAAGUUCGAUCCGCAGUUUGACGGGAGAGCUUAUGAUGAUGGGAGACCGCGAGCGUGCUGGUUUGGGGGUGACAGGGUCGUCCACGAGCUGUUGCCGAGGGCCCUUGCCACGGGAUUCUUGCAGCCGUUGAUUGAUCAUUUGAAUGAAGUGGUGACGUUGCGGGCUCCCUGA